AUGGAUUUGUCUACAACUUUUGUGAGGCAAUAUGAGUACAACUGUGAACUUGAGCCGACAAGAACAACGCUCGAAGGAACUAUGAGAAAAUCAUCAGAAGAUCAUAAGACAUAUGCUAAACGGGUGUCAACGGUGGAGGUGGCUGCCGUCACUGGAUUUGAAAAAAUCGUGGAUAAUUCUGAAGUUUCUGUCCAACCAAAGGUGAAGAAGAAUGCUUUACCGUUGAAGCCAUCGGUGAUUGAGGAGAAUGCACUGAAUUUUCUCAAGUUACUGACGAGGAGCGAGUACAAGGCCAUAGAACAAUUGGACAAAAUAUCUGCCCAAGUCUCUAUGCUGGACUUACUUUUAACUUUCAAAUUACAUAGGGAGACACUGUUUAGAGUUUUGAAUGAGACUCAAAUACUAAGAAAUAUUUCAAUCGAUAAAUUCGCUAACAAUAUGGAGAAUGUUUUGGUUUUCAACUACAUAACUUUUUCUGAUGAGGAUCUGACUUUGAAGGGGAUCAAGCAUAAUAAGGCGUUAUUGCGAUCAUCUGCGACAAUGGUGAGAGGAUUUGAUGGUGUAAUAAGGGAAUCAAUGGGUAAGGUUGAUUUGGUGUUGGAAAUAGGACCUGCCAAAUUUCAAGUGGUGAAAUUCAUUAUGAAUGAUCAACUAAUCAAUGUGUUCACUGAAGAUGAUUACACAAUGAUCGUCAAUUCUGCAUCAAAUGAGGAGAAUAGUAAAAAAACUUUAGUUUCUUCUCAUCAUAUUGCUGACAUUGUUUCAGUAGGGUGGAUGUCUAAAGAAAAUUCAUUGAUGAAAAUGGGUUUACUGGAAGCUAGUGCCAUGAUGGCCAAGAAAAUGAUCCGAGAAGGGUAUGAAAUAGGUAAAGGUUUGGGGCAGAAUCUGCAAGGUAUCUUGGAACCGAUAGAGAUUUUGAGGAAGAAAGAUACAUUUGGAUUGGAAUUUCAACCAACCACUAAGGAUAAAAAUGAGAUGCAAGCUGGAUGGCGUGGUGGUCUUCUAGGUGGAGGUAGAGGUGGGCACCUUCUGCGUGGCGGAGGAGGUGGAGGGGGGCUCUUUUUCGGCGGAGGUGGUGGUGGAGGUGAUUUCUUAGGUGGACACUUUUUUGGUGGAGGUGGUGGUGGAGGUGAUUUUUUAGGUGGGGGUGGUGGGGGUGGUGGUCUGCUCUUUCUUGGUGGAGGGGGAGGGGGAGGUGAUUUCUUAGGUGGGGGAGGUGGCGGUGGGCUCUUUUUAGGUGGUGGAGGAGGAGGUGGAUGUUUUCUCUUUGGUGGUGGAGGAGGUGGAUGUUUUCUCUUUGGUGGUGGAGGUGGAGGUGGAGGGGAGGGUGGUGGUGGUGAAGGUGGCGGAGGAGAUGGUGGCGGAGGUGAUGGUGGUGGGGGUGAUCUUCUGUUGUGUAAUGGCGGGAAAUGUGGAGGUCUGAUUAUUUUAGCAUUGGCAUUUGCCACAAAGAUGGCGAAAAUUGCCAGGAGUUUCCACAGCGAAGCUAUGUGGCUCGCCAUGGUUGCUAAAAAGAUGUAUUUGCUGUCGACUGACUCACUUGUGGAGUUGAUGGUUCUGUGA